AUGCUGGAGCUUGUUCCCUUCUUGGAAUUCUACUUACACCAGAACAUCCCUUUCCCAAACCUGGACACUUUCCCUCCGCAACUCUUCCAUACUCACUUUCCUUUUACUUCCUUACCUCAACCUGUCAUAGACUCUCAGUGUCGAAUUGUCUACAUCUGUCGCAAUCCAAAAGAUGUGUUUGUCUCUUUUUUCUUUUUCUCUCAGGCAAAGAGCCCAUCCCUUUCCAUUGAAGAGGAAUUUGAGCAGUUCUGUAAAGGGGUACGUGUCUAUGGACCCUUCUGGGAUCAUAUUUUAGGUUAUUGGAAGGCAAGUUUGGAUUCGCCCAAGAGAGUGUUGUUCAUGAAAUAUGAAGAUCUGAAGAGGGAUUCCUCAUUUCAUGUCAAAGAGUUGGCAGAGUUCAUAGGCUGCCCCUUCUCCCCGGAGGAAGAAACCCAAGGUUUGGUACAUGAAAUUAUAAAGCUGUGUAGCUUUGAGAAUCUAAGCAAUUUGAAGGCAAACAAGAUAGGAGCAUUAUCUGUGAGGGAUAUUAGCAUUAGAAAUGAUACUUUCUUCAGGAAAGGUGAGUUUGGAGAUUGGAAGAAUCAUUUGACAGCUGAGAUGGCUGACAGUCUUGACAGGAUCAUUGAGGAAAAGUUUACAGGGUCUGGUUUGACAUUCAGUGAUUCCUGA